GGUCGACUCCGCGUCGCCCACAGAUCCAAGGAGAGAUCUGCCAUCGCCUCCUACCCGUGAACUACAAACCUAACGCUGAGCGGCGCGGGGGCGGCCGCCGGGCGGAGCAUUACAGCGCACGCAGCGGCCACCGUCGUCGGCGGAUCCAUCCACCAUGGGCGGCGGCAACGGCCAGAAGGCCAAGAUGGCCCGCGAGCGCAACAUGGAGAAGAGCAAGGCCGCCAAGGGGAGCCAGCUUGAGACCAACAAGAAGGCCAUGAGCAUCCAGUGCAAAGUAUGUAUGCAAACAUUCAUGUGCACCACGACUGAAGUGAAGUGCCGGGAGCAUGCCGAGAAUAAGCAUCCAAAGUCAGACGUGUACCAGUGCUUCCCCCAUCUGAAGAAGUGAAAACCUGCACUAGCACCAGGGUGCCAUGGUCAUGAAGUUCUUAAAAUGUCAAAUGUGUCUGUUAGCUGUGUGGAUUGAUCACCAUCAGUUUAUGGGCUCCCCUUUGCUGAGGGAGUUCAUUCUGCGUUAUCUGCCAUUUAUCAUGCGUCCUGUCCUAUGUUAAUCUACAUAAGAAAGUGAUGUGGUGUCUAAUGAAACUGUUGUCUGCUGGAAAAAACCUGGUUUCAGAACGAUAUCUUGAUCUUUUGUUUUUGCCUCA